UACAAAUUUUGGUAUACAACAAUGGCCGAUACGCCGCAGCAGCCCGCGUGGGGCUUAAAGAUGUCGAAAUUCUUUGUAUUGCCUCAACGUUGGAUCCUGGCCAUCAUGGGCUUCUUUGCCAUCUUCAACGCGUACACCAUGAGGGUUUGUCUCUCGCAGGCCAUUACAGUGCUGGUGGUUAGGCAAAACUACACGGCCAAGGCAAAGGGCGAAUCCAUUUGUGAGCCGGACGAAGAUAGCGCGGGUCCAGUGGCUCGCGAAGGCGGCAGCUAUGAGUGGUCCGAGGAGAAACAGGGACUGAUUCUGGCCUCGUUCUACAUUGGCUACAUUGUAACCCAUUUGCCGGGCGGCAUAUUGGCCGAUAAAUUUGGCGGCAAGUGGACCUUGAGCCUGGGAAUCCUUGCAACGGCUAUAUUUACUCUCAUCACACCGGUAUGUAUUGUCUAUGGCGGUGCCGAUGCAUUGAUCGUCCUUCGAGUUCUCAUGGGACUGGGCGAAGGCACCACCUUUCCCGCGCUGAGUGUCUUGUUGGCCGCCUGGGUUCCGGCAAAUGAACGCGGUAUGUUGGGAGCUUUGGUCCUGGGCGGUGGUCAGGUCGGUAGCAUCGCUGGCAAUUUGCUUUCCGGCUUAAUACUCGACUCGAUGGACUGGCCGUGGGUGUUCUACGUCUUUGCCAUAAUCGCCAUCGCUUGGUUUAUAAUAUUCACGUUGCUGUGCUUCAGUAGUCCCUACUCGCAUCCAUUUAUCAAGCCAAGGGAGCGCGAGUUCUUGGCCCAGGAGAUUCCGCCACGGGAUAAGAACAAACCGAAGACGCCCUUCAAGGCCAUCUUCACGAACGUGCCCAUGUAUGCACUGAUUAGCGCUCAGAUCGGUCACGAUUGGGGAUUCUACAUCAUGGUCUCCUACCUGCCCAAGUAUAUGGCCGAUGUGCUGCGUUUCUCGAUCAAGUCGAAUGGACUGUACUCCUCGUUGCCCUAUGUCACCAUGUGGGUCAUGUCGCUGGCCAGCGGCUGUGUGGCCGAUCAGAUGAUUAAACGUAACUGCAUGAACACUACGAACACGCGGAAACUGAUGACGGGAUUGGCCGCCUUUGGACCCGCUGUUUUCAUGGUCGGCGCCUCCUAUGCCGGCUGCAAUCGCGCCCUGGUCGUCGCCCUAUUUACCAUUUGCAUGGGUCUCAUGGGCACCUACUAUGCCGGCAUGAAGCUAACGCCGCUGGACAUGAGCCCCAAUUAUGCCGGAACUUUGAUGGCCAUCACCAAUGGCAUUGGUGCGAUCACGGGCGUUAUAUCGCCCUACCUGGUGGGCGUUAUGACACCGAAUGCAACCCUGUUGGAGUGGCGAAUUGUCUUUUGGGUGGCCUUUGCCGUGCUCGUCGUCACGGCGAUUGUCUACUGCAUUUGGGCCUCGGGCGACAUACAACCCUUCAAUGACGGCACCAACUCGAAUAAGAAGAAGGAGGCUACAUAAUCUGGAGUUUUGUGAAAUUCGAUUUCCGUUCCUUGGAAAUUUCUUAUUUGGCUUCGAUGAUUAACAAAGUUGGCGUUUUCACUUUGUAUUAAUUUAUAUAACAGUUUUUUAAAUUUUAAAUUUAUCCUGAGCUUUGCUUUUAUUUCCGAAUUAAAGCGAACUACUUUAAAACCA